CUUGCUUUCACAUUUCCUUUCUCAGGGCCACAUGUACUAUUCUUCUUGGGCAAUCCAGGUGCCAAUCUCUUGCUCCUGCUUUGUGGGAUAGUUGUUCCCUUCUGGAUAGGGAAAGGAGAAAGAUUGGGGCAGGAUUCCUUUUGAAAAACACCACAUUAAACAUGAUUGAAGAAAACCAAAUCGGGCUGGUUUACUGCUAUCUAGGUGGCAGCUCUACUGCUUUGCUGAUGGUGGCUUGGGAACAUAUUGCAUAAAAUAACCUGAGAUUUCUUGUGCCUGCUAGUAUUGCUCUAUCUGAGUUGAAUGAAUACCCAUGGCUCAUUUGCAUUCAUUCAUUUAAUUGAUGCAAAAAUAUCAUUUAUCAAUUGACUAACACUUUGGAGGAACACUAUAUCAGCAUAUAACAUUUUCUUAAGUGAAAACUAAAACAUUUAAACAAUGGCAAACUCACUUUGAGCAAUUCUCCAUUUUUAUAUAUGAGACAACAAAAAUGGGCCAAUUUAAAGCUAAACAUACCAUUUUAUUUAGUCAUUUAUUAAAACUAUCUAUACUGUUCCCUUCAGCAAAAAAGACUCUUGGAGAACCUAUUACAAUUAUUAUUACUACUACAUUUUUAAAAUUCUAAUAGAGAUUGGCGAUAACCAAUUGAAGCAACUAUCAUAAAUGAUUUACAGAAAAUGCUACUUUACAAAUGCUGAAACAUAGUGAUAUGGCAGUACUAACAACUACCUUUUAAAAUGAACUGAGAAGUCAUGUGCAAAGUGUAUAUGGAUAGGCUCUUUGAAUGGGAGUUUAGGUUGCUGAAAGCCUGUAUGUUAAUGUCUAAACUGCAUUGUGAGCUGGAUGUUUGCUGUGAUGGCACGCCUGAGUCUUUGGGAAAAAAACUAUAGUAUUUGGUUUUACUCAGGGGCUACCUUCUGUUAAGAUCAAGGCCCUUAACAUACAGAGGCCCUUUAGGCAAGGUGAAAAGAUAACCAAAAUGAGUUUACUAAAAACAAGAUGAAUAAAGGAUUAACUCCACCCAGGACUAUUAUAAGAUAGUUUAGAACAAUACAUUACAAAAGGAGAUUUUGCUGACUGCAGUCAUCUCUCUGGAGUCUUCUGCCUCUGAUGCAAAGCGAUGGUUUACGAGCUGGUGCUCAUAAACUGUCUCAAUCUUCUUUCUUGUGAAGCUUAAGCUGGCCCAAAGCUGCUGUUGUCUCUGGGGCUGGUGGUAUAUGAAUACUGGCUGAAUGCAGGUGCUAAGGAUGCCUGUUUGGAUUGCUUUGACCUAGGAUUAUCAGACAAUGCCCAAGCCUUUAGUCUCUGUAGCUCUGCUUCAGAAAGAAGGAGGAGUCUAGCAAGAGAGCGCUGUACAGGCAAAAGGAAUAGACCAGCAAAGGAUGGCCUCUAGGGGGUUUUAUGCUCCACCCAAAAACUAAUAUAAAGGGGGGUAUCUACACUAUUGGGAAAACCUAUAAACAGGGAGAACUAAAGGAGACGAAAAGGCAGAGCCAAGACUUCACAUUUGCUUUGGUCUUCGUUUAUGUACUUAUAUGUACAUGAUAUACAUGCAAACAUAUACACACUAAUCCAUUUUUUCUCAGUUGUGUUUUUGCCAAUGAUGUAACUUGUAUGCAAAUUGAAGAAUAUUUUAAAACUUGCUCAUUGAAAGCAGCUCAUUACAAAUAUUCCCAAGGUAUUCGGAUAAUGUGCUUUGGGGUAAGGAGCUUCCUUAAUGAGGUUCAUGUGAAAAUUUAUUGUAUUUUUCUGCAAAGGUAUUGCCUUCAGUGGGUCCUGACCUAAAAAUAUAUGCCAAAUAAGAAUGUGUUUGGAGAAGAGGAACCCCCCCCCCCCCACACACACACACACAUCCCUUAAGAUUUCUGCGGGAAUUCAUAAACUAGCACUUCUGUUGCUAUGAAGUUGGAAGUGGUGAGAACUUUCCGCAGAGCACAAGUUGAAAGAGCCCAUGAAGUUCAGAAACAGGAAUGAGAAAUAAUUUUGUCCUUUAUUAUUUGGUUUUGUUGGUAGGUUCAAUGGUUAGAUUCCCCCUCCUCUUCCCAUUUCUUUUUCUGUUUUAAAAUAGCAAAACACAGUGUGAUGGCCACAUUACUUGAAUCUGUGAUUAUGUGGGACAACCUUACAAGCCAGGGCAAUCUGAAAAGGUACCAAGCCUACAUUGUCAAUUGCAAUUUGGUCAUGCCUAAAUUUGGCCUCACUCAUGUGGUGCUGGCCUCUUUCUUUUGAAGUCUAUAGAGUUAUAUGUCUGACUUUCUUAGUGACAGGUCACCAGUACAUUUAGCUUUUUCAAGUCCAGCAGCUGGAGGGCAAUUGUCAAACUCUGGGCUUGAGAUUUUUAAGCAUGUUCUGCAAAGAAACUUUCUGUCUGAUCCAGUUUUCCUUAUACAGUAGAGUCUUGCUUAUCCAACAUAAACGAGCUGGUAGAACGUUGGAUAAAUUAAAAUGUUGGACAAUAAGGAGGGAUUAAGGAAAAGCCUAUUAAAUGUCAAACUACGUUAUGAUUUGACAAAUUAAGCCCCAAAACAUCAUGUUUUACAACAAAUCGACAGAAAAAGCAAUUCAAUACAUGGCAAUGUUAUGUAGUAAUGACUGUAUUUAUGAAUUUAGUACCAAAACAUCACAAUGUAUUGAAAACAUUAACUACAAAAACAUUGAUACUAAAUGGCAGGUUGUGUUGGAUAAUACAGAUUGCUCAUCACAGCUAGCUUUUUUCAUUAAUUUUGUCAAACAUAGUUAUACUGUUUGAAAAACAUUUGAUUAAAUAAUCAGAACAAAAGUGUGCUUGGUAUAUGGUUCCAAGUGUGCUGGUGGUGCUGGUGGCUUUCAUUAGAGUACUGUAUUUAUAGAAUCAAUUUAUAUAUCUUGAUCACCUUAUGACAACUAUAGCCAUGCAUGAUCAUCGAUUGGUAUUAAUCACCUGGUAUAUCUAAUUUGUAGGAGUCAAAUAUGUAAAUAAUGAGUGAGUAAGUCAUUGAUGGUGUGAAGUCUUAUAUGUUAUGAUUAAUUUGUAAUGGCAAGUUACAUCAUAAACUACAGUGCUAUGAUAAAUAUGCAUAUGUGAACUACUCCGAGAAUUGUAUUCUACGAACCUCUCUUGAAAGGUUAAAAGUUUACCUUUUUUUAAAAGUUCCAUAUGUUCACAGAGACUGAAACUUUUCUUUGUUAUUUCUGCUUCCCAGUUUGGCAGCUGGGAAUUACUGUCCUGAGAAAAAGAACUGCUGAAAACAAUUACCUGCUUUUCCUCUCAAUCCUAUUUACUACUUUGUGUUUCUGGUUUAAUAGGUAUGUUAGAAGUGCCAGAGCUGUGAUUUGAAGCUGUAAAUAACCCUAUGAGUAAUUAUAUGAAGAGCUGAGGUCAGGGAAAAGGGUUUUUUUUUUCCUUUCCUAAAGUUUCUGCCUUUUAUUGGCUGGAUAACCACUCUAGCUUUGUCAGAGUGGCAGCUGGCAUUGGAUAGGCAAUAGGGUCUAAUUUUAAAGCACAUACAUUAUUAUCCAAGAGUUAUGUUUUGUCUCCUCUUUUCAUCUCUUUACAAUAAUCUGGACUGGAAAGACACAAUGAUUCAAAGUUACAGGACCCAUGUGUUGCUUGCCUGGAGAAUUGUUGAUCAUGGAAAACUCUCUUUUAUUCAUUGUAUUCAACAAAACUGACUUUUUCAAAAAUGGAACCACUUGGCAUGAUUAGAAUCUAUUAAACUACAAGUAAUUAAGAUCUCAUCGAGCAGUUCCCAUACUUUGGCUGUGCCAUACCAUCAGUCUAUUCUCCAAUGUGGUUUCUUAAGUUGUUGGAGGUGCAGAGUUAGUUUGUCUUGCCAAAUCUUAACAUGUAGAACCAAGUUUCUUCCAUCACUUAGAUCACUUAUAUUGUCUUUACGUAUUUUCACAUCAAGCUCAUCUAGUUUGAUGUUGCUCUGUUUCUUUUAACCUAUUGGCUAAAACUACUUAAUUUUUGAAGAAACAUGCAAAGAUUGAGCUACCGGUGAGACCAGAUGAUAACAUAGAAACCUUCAGGAGAUGGAUAUUCUGCCUUAGUAAUUUUCUUACUCAAGAAAAGCUAGAACUGAAGGCCAGAUGGUUUUUAGAUCCUGUUCAGUGCAGCUAAAUUUUCUAGCAUUCUAGACCAGUGGUUCUCAACCUGGAGGUGCCCAGAUGUUUUUGGCCUUCAACUCCCAGAAAUCCUAACAGCUGGUAAACUGGCUGGGAUUUCUGGGAGUUGUAGACUAAAAACAUCUGGGGACCCCAGGUUGAGAAACACUGUUCUAGACAAUGUUCUGAGGCCAUUCCAGGUGAUAUAUUGAUGCUUUUUUGAGGUUACAGAAGUGGAAAUGUAACGGUAUGCCUGGCUGGCUUUAAACUGGACCAUUACACUGUGGGCAAAUUGGAACUGCUGCCUAACAGUGACACUGAUGUUUUGUUUUUGUAAAGUAUAUUGUAGAUCUCUUAAUGCAUGUUAUCUGUAACUUCCCUUUCUGUACUGAUAUACUAAAAGGCUUUUCUAAACUUUACAGGUUUUCCUUUUCCUUUUCCCCUCUGUGUCUGCCCCAGAAACAGCAGCCAGGGUGAUUAUUUACAUUGCAAAAGGAAGAAUAAUUUGUUAAACUGCAAAGGCUAGCUGAAUUUUUGAGGGCUGUGGUCACUGAAGCCCAAAACCACAUCCUCCGGAAGUAUAGAUCUAGAGUUUCUUGCUGAGCCAAAUGGAGUGACUACAGGAAUGGACUCCAGAUAGUCAUCUUUGACAAAGAGCCAUGCAGUGCCCAAAUGAGGAGAUUUGGCAUCUGCUGAUCCUAUGGUCCUGGAACAGUAUGUGGUGGUAGCAGAUUACCAGAAACAAGAGAGCUCUGAGAUUAGCUUAUGUGCAGGACAAGUGGUGGAUAUAAUUGAGAAGAAUGAAUCUGGUUGGUGGUUUGUGAGCACAUUGGAUGAGCAAGGUUGGGUCCCAGCUACAUGCCUCGAAGUCCAGGAUGGAGUCCAGGAUGAAUUUUCAAUGCAACCGGAAGACGUCUCAUGGAGAUACUGGUCUCUUCCCAAACACAUGGGCCGCCGCCGGACUCUUGGGGACUUGUACAACAGUGGAUGGGGCCAAGAGGAGACGUAUAUGGUAAUUUACCCCUACACUGCUCGGGACCAAGAUGAAAUGAAUCUGGAGAAAGGGGCUGUAGUAGAGAUCAUCCAAAAGAACUUGGAAGGAUGGUGGAAAAUCAGGUAUCAAGGUCAGGAGGGCUGGGCCCCAGCAUCAUACCUGAAAAAGGGGAGUGGGGACAUGUUUACACCAAAACUGGGAUCUGCUUCUGCUCACUCAUAUGCACUGGAUCUGGAUGGAGUUUCUCGGCAGCAGAAUUCAGGAGGCCGGGACAAGGAUGGUUCAAACAACCAAAGAGAUGGAAGGUUUGAUGGCCGCCCAUUGCCAAAUGUGGACUUUAGGAGAAAGUCACCGAAGAUGAGGCAGAGACCUCCUCCUCGUCGAGAUCUCACAAUACCACGUGGCCUCAACUUGCCUAAACCACCUGUGCCCCCGCAAGUGGAAGAGGAAUAUUACACCAUUGCUGACUUCCAGACCAUUAUCCCUGAUGGCAUCAGCUUCCAAGCUGGACUGAAAGUGGAGGUGAUUGAGAAGAACAUGAGCGGUUGGUGGUAUAUUCAGAUUGAAGAGAAAGAAGGGUGGGCACCAGCUACCUUUAUUGAUAAAUACAAGAAAACGAGUAAUGCAUCUAGACCAAAUUUCUUGGCCCCACUACCAAGUGAAAUGGCACAGCUACGGCUUGGGAGUGAUACUGCAGAGAACAGCCCCAAUGGAGAACAGCUUGGGCCAUCCAGGCCUCUGCCUGACGCACCACCUAAUGGUAUAGACUGUGGAGCCAAGUGGAAAGGGAAUGAAGCUUCCAAGGGUGCAAUGCCUGAAAGCAGUGAUGCUUCUCUGUGCGUUGGCUAUGAGGAGAUCUGUGAUCGGGAUACAGAGGAGAAACCAAGCCUCCCUCCAAGGAAGGAGUCUAUAAUUAAGUCUGAAGAAGACUUAAUGGAAAGGCAGCGGUUGGAGCAAAGGCCACCUCCUAAGCCUCCUGUCAUGGGUUUGCCCGUAAUUCCCCCAAAGCAGAGCAUCCCUCCAAGGGACAAGAAACCAGAGCUCAAAACAGAGAAGGGGAAAUUGUUCCAAUUGAAAAAUGAAAUGGGAUUAGAGUGUGGACACAAAGUUUCUCCCAAGGAAGUCAAGAAGCCAAAUCUACGGCCUAUAGUCAAGCCAACCAAACCAAAAGUCGAGCCCCCAGAAGAUAAUAAAUCUGAGCCAGCCACGCAAAAUGUGUUCUUGAAAUCAAAACCUCAGAUCAGACCCAAGCCAUUGCCGGCCCCUAGGACAGAUUCUCCUCAGGCAGAUGAUAAAGUAGACAUUUGCAAUCUGAGGAGCAAACUCCGUCCUGCAAAGACUCAGGAGAAACCUUAUGACCAGGAAUCCAUAUCUAGUGAGAGUGCCUUCAAUAACAAUGUGCUUCCCAUAGAAUCUUCUGUGAGAUCUCAGGAAAGAUCAAAUACAGAUGCAAGGCCUCCAUCCAGACCAGAUAGCCAAGUCUUUAAGGAACCUCCUUUACCUAAAGUUCCCUUUGGCUCCCCAAAGAUGAGUGAGAGUGAGCCAAAGGGCACCUUUCUUGUUCCCAGAGAACCACCCCAGCGGCCUGUAGUACCACCUCGGAGGCCUCCGCCUCCUAAGAAAGCUUCUGUUCCAUCACCUACCUCUUCAUCUGUUUCUUCUCCAGAACAUAAAGCUCCACAGAGAGAAGUGCCUGAAGUUAGAGCUGCCCCUGUACCUGGGAGGCCAAUGUUGGUUCCACCAAAGGCCAAAGGUUUCCUACCAGCUCCAGGCCAAGAGGAUACCAAAAUGAAAAGUGGCUUAGGCCAAAAGGCAGUACCCAAGCCUUUGGAAAGGGAGAGAGCGUCCCUCCCCAUCACCAGUGCAGAUGUUUCCAAAGAAGCCCUCUAUGUGGCAGUGGCUGAUUUUGACGGAGAUGAGGAAACCAGCAGCUUUAAAGAAGGGACCUUGUUUGAAGUCCGUGAGAAGAACAACAGUGGCUGGUGGUUCUGCAAAGUUCUUGCUGGAGGGCCAUGUUGGGAAGGCUGGAUUCCUUCCAAUUAUCUCAGAAAAAAGCCGUAGUCCCUUCAUUGUCUUUAUUUUAAGUAGGAGGCCAACAUUCUCCAUUUUAGCAACAAAUAUUUAAUUAGCUUAUUUAUAGUUUACAUAAAGCUGGCUCUGAAAUUUAAAAAUAACAAUAAUUGGGAUACUAAACAUUCCAAUUUGUGUAUUUUCCAAAAGGGAACAGCAUGAGAGAAUUGCUCUUGUAUAGCAGGGCUCACCUUUUGUGCUUUUUCUUGAUAAGUCACUGCCUAGACAGUUUGGUAGGCAGUCCUAUCUCUUUAUCAGCUUCUGUCUGGUUUAGGGGAAAUUGGUCAAUCCCAGUACUUGCUGGUCUUUUUUAAAAAUCCUGUAUAGAUUCUGGAGUAAGUGUCAAAAUAGAGAGAUGGAGAUUAAAGAACAUUAAAAUAUGUUUUCAGCUUCAAAGUCUUGAAAAAAGAGUCUGUUUUUUGGCUUAACAAAGAAGCAACAUCAAUCCUACUAGCCAAAAAAGGGAAGUAACAGUGGGAAAGACCUUAAUUUGGACAGUUCUGUUCAGUGUCAUGUGCCAUAUAUCACCAUUAAAGAUGAAAACAAAUCCAUAGCACACAAAAAAGAAGAAAGGGAAACAUAGUAAUUAUUACUAUACUUGGGUGCGAGGAUCUAUCUAAGUGAUAAGAGAUUCUCUCUAGUCUUGUGCCUGUAUUGUUUGUCCCUUGUUUCAACCAUCCCUCUGCCAGUAUAGACAUCCUCUGUGUUGCAGCUGGUGUUAUGCAACACCUAUUUGGGUGUCAUGUGCACACUUGUGUUAGUGCCAUUCCUUGUGCUCCUUGCUGCACCAGCCCUUGUAUAGUGCUGGUGCAGCAAGUCUUUUAGUCUUAUUUCAGUAAAUAGCUUAUCAGCCUUUUAGUCUAAUUUCAGUAAAUAGAGAGGAUCCAGGAUCUGUCUGCUCUAGCUAGAAAGGGUCCACUCUUGAAAAGUGCCUCCUUCUCCCAAACCACAUUUUCAGGGAUUCCCUGCCCAGUCUCACACUUUGUCCUGUACAAAAGGGUUGGCCAAUCUUCUCUUUAUCAUUUUUAGGGAGAUGGUGAGGCUGUAAGGGAAGGGGGAAGGGGGUUGUUUACUUUCACCAGCCUAGUGACUCAAAUAUAAAUCUAGAUUCAACGUAUAGGUUACUCAUGCUGAUCAGCUGUGGGGACUUGAAUGGUAGAACAUGUUGCUGGUUCUUCGCUACCAUAUCCCACUGCACAUCUUUCCUAUCUGCACCUGCAAGUAGCUCUCUUCUGUAAUGUCAUACAUUUCCAGGUCUAGUAGUUACCAGUUGCCAGGAUGGUAGCCCUCUGAUGGGUGCUAAUAAUUUCUGUUGCAGGGUUUUCCAACCUGGAUUGUCCUGAAGCGGUUGUUCUCACAGUGGUGUGGACUGUCCUACUUCUCUUGCCCAGAAGAUAUAUGUGUGGAUACUCCUCUCUCAGUCAUGAAUCAUGGCAAUUUUCUGUAAUGUCAUGAUAGUGAUUCUCAUCCAAGGGAGAGUUGUGUCCAAAACUACCUUUUGAUAUGAAGGGACUUCUUAAAAUGUAUUUGCAGAAAUGUGCCCAUAUGCAGAAAUGUGCCCUUGUGUGUUUGCCGUUUGUUCCUUUUCAAUAUUUGUGGGAAAACCAAUUUCUUCUUGAGUAUUCCUUGUGUGUAGUUAAGGGACAAGCACAAGAGAAAUACAUUUGCAUGUGAGUGUCUUCAUCUUUGAAUUUUAAACACAAUAAAUUCUAUCACCUGACUUCAACCCUGGAUAUCUUCAAACCAAUCUAUAAUGCAGCUGAUAUUUUUUAAAGAUUUUCAGCAAUGGAAACCUGUAUGGAUUUAUCAUAUGUCUAGGAUGUGACUGAGGUAUAGAAAAUUUACCAUAUGCUUUGUGUUAUUAAGGCUCUUCUUUCAAAAAUAAUACACUUGUAUGUAUUAUUGUCCUGGAUUCAGAUAGAUUGGAUUCCCAUGGGCUGAUUCUCACUAAAAAUACUCAAAUUAAACCUACCUACAACGUGAACUCUUUCUUUAUAUGGGCUGCUUUUUAAGAAUGUUGAGACACUCAAAUUUAUUCCAGCUUUAAAUUUGCCUUUGAAAUUCACUACUUGAAGUUUCUGUGGUUGCCUUUUCCCCCGGGGAAUAGUUGUUUGGCUACUGCUCUGCUAGUUACUUUAAAAUGCUAUUGUAUUCGUUUUUUAUGCCCAUUCGAUAAUUAAAUCUUUGGUCUUUUUAUGGUCAAUAGUUAAGACUCAGUUUUGGAGGCCUUCAUGCCUGUGGGAGUAAUGAGACCCAAUCUUCAUUUCUCAUAGUUCUCACACUUCACUUCCCUCUUGAUACUACCAAAGCAAUCCUUUAACAAUCUGUUGCCCAGUAAUAUGAACUCAUUGCAUAAUUCACCUGUAUCUCCCUUCUACCUUAUUUGAUCUAUAUGUCAUAGCAACACUACAGCAUGCAUUCCAAAUAGCUUGAUACCAAAACAAGUGUUGUUAUACAUUUCUCCUCCUCCUGUCUUUCCCUCCACACCUUCCUGGGCUGAUUCUCUUUCUCAAAAGCCUUUCAUUUUCCACUUUCCUAAAUGUGAAGGCACCGUAGGGAAUUCUCUUACUGUAAACUUCUCUCCUUUCUGUUCUUGGUAAAAUCUUGGCAGACCUCAGGCUAAGGACCCUGAUCUGGUUUGUUCUCUGUUCUGCUUAAGCACUGUGACUGAAAAUAGUUCACAGGCAUACAUUGGUGCCUCAUGUUUUAUUAUUACCUGAAACACACACAAUGAUUCUGGACUGCCUUGUUGUGGGAGUAUGAGAAGAUGUGAACUGACAUUGAUAUCAAUGAUUUGUUUUCUUGUUCUGAAAGACAGGAAUGUCAUUCUAUAUUCCACAGCCUCUUAAUAUUCAAUUUGCCACCCAUUUACCUUUCACCCAGCCUAUUGACCAUUGUUGCAGUAACUUUGAGAGUAACUGUUGUUCAAUGUAACCUUUGAGAGUAAAUGUUGUUCUGUGUGGGGUUAAAGGACAUUCAGCCUCUUGCUUACCAAUGUGAGCUUUACCGCCUAACAUGUUCUGGCAAGGUGAAAGGCUGCCUAGAUGGCCUUACGCUCAUGUGCAGUCUUUUGUCUACUAUUAUGUAAACUUGUAUCAACCUGUAUGUAACCAAUGGGUGGGGUGGAGAAGGGGAGGGUGGGAUCGUGUAUUCUUCCAGCAUAAAAGGAUGAAGUUUGUUGUUUUUUAAAAGUAAAGAAAUAAAAAAUAGGCUUGACUGGUUUCAAGCAGAAUUGUUACAAA